GGGAAAACACUCAUCAGUCCACGGCAUACAAUCAGUCCGAUAGCCAGGCACCAGUCAAACCCUCACCCAAUUGGCGGCCACCACCCCAGCCCCACCCCCACCAGUGUGCCCCCACUGAUCACGUCGGUCUCCAGGUCAAAGUGCCGCAGCACGCCACACCACAGGGGCAUCGACAUCGGGAAGCGCUGGGCGAGCGGCUGUGACGGAUCGUCGACAGGUGCCUCGGCGGUCCACAGAUGCAUGGCGUGAGGCCCCACCGUCAGAUGUGCAACAGCGGUCUCGCCCGGCCGGAAUCCGCUCGCUAUCACCCGUCGAUGGUCACUUGCAUCAGCAGCAUUCAGAUUGCCUUGGUCGUAGCGAUGGUCCACAGCGAUACCCAGAUCCUCGGGGAUGCCCUCGGUCAGCAGACGGUCACGGCGAGAGUCGCCAUGGCCGAUGGGCGCGAUCAGCACCACAUUAUAGUUCCACCAGCAAAGGAUAUCGUGCAGCAGAAGCGCCGAAAAGGCGGGAAAGAGUUCGUGGUCGCCCGAAUUAGCAAAUCGGACGGCGGGGUCGGUCCGCUUGUAGCCGCGAGCAUAGCGAUGCCCAACCGGGAGGUCACCAAAAGGCACCACGCGAAACGACCUAUGGCCGAUCCGAUAGCCCCCAUAGCGCCGAUCCGAUAGCCACAGCGCCAGGCUGGUCCCAUUGUUGUUGAGUAGGUGGCCGAAGAGGCGGCCAUUGUUGUUGAGUAGGUGGCCGAAGAGGCGGUAGAUGGCCAUGGCCAGGGGCAGCUCGUGGAAUGUCGCCAUCUCCCACGAGUGAGCCGACAGCCGCAGGGGCAGAGCCGCAUUGGGUGUGAGCCGACAGAUGGCGGCCAGCCGAAUGAAGUGCCCCAUCGCCCGCCACUCGUCGCCACUGCCGGCUGCAAGCACGUAGGCCACCUUCAGGCCGCCCUCCAGAUCGCCGAUGUCGAAGUCCAGGACGUCCUGCACGCUCAGACGACUCAUUACCGCCUCGACGUGCUGCUUGACGAGCUGCAGCAUCAUGUCCACUUUGUGGGGGUGGCUGUUGCUGCUCUUGGCGAUGAGUGAGAGGAGUGUAGCCCGUCUGGCGGCGUGAGGCGACAUUGCCAUGUCGGCCGCCCUGCCGAUGGCCAUGCCGAGCAGAGAGGGGACCGACGAAGGAAGAGGCUGGGAUGAGGGCGUCGCACCAGUCGGCUGCAUGGCCGUCACACUCAGCCCUGACGUGAUCAGAAACACACAAAAUAGCAGUUGUUUGCAGCAUCAACAGGCUCCCGGUCGGUCCCUGCCCUCUUACCCUCGCUAAGCGGCACAAACAACGGCCAACUCGGCCUCCAUCAUCGCAGCACAACAAAUCCCUCACCGGCAGUGCCUCAACCACACACAGACACACAGACACCGAUGUGAACGGAUCUGUGAGUUUCGAUUGCCUGUGGCUCUCCAAGGGGGGAAUAAAACGCCUCCUUCUCCGAACCCUUCUCCGUUACGUGCGAGCUUGACCCCGAAGGAGAAGAGAAGCGGUCAU